AUGAGCAGUCUCGUUGAGGAAGCAGUCAAGAAGCUGACCAACACGGUCGAGAGUCUCGAGUCUAGAAUCAAGGCUCUGGAGGACCGCGCGGCUGGCGGCUCUGGCAAGCUCUCUACCGAGGAGGUUCGCAUGAUCCUCAUCGGUCCCCCCGGUGCCGGCAAGGGCACCCAGGCUCCCAAGAUCAAGGAGAAGUUCAACUGCUGCCAUCUGGCUACCGGUGACAUGCUCCGAUCGCAAGUUGCCAAGAAGACUCCUCUCGGCCGCGAAGCCAAGAAGAUCAUGGACCAGGGCGGCCUUGUCAGCGAUGACAUUGUCAUUGGCAUGAUCAAGGAGGAGCUGGAGAACAACAAGGAGUGCAAGGGAGGCUUCAUUCUCGACGGCUUCCCCCGCACCGUCCCCCAGGCUGAGGGCCUCGAUGCCAUGCUUAGAGAGCGCAACCAGAAGCUUCAGCACGCCGUUGAGCUCCAGAUCGACGACUCGCUCCUCGUCGCCCGUAUCACCGGCCGUCUCGUCCACCCCGCCUCUGGCCGCAGCUACCACAGCACCUUCAACCCUCCCAAGGAGUACAUGAAGGACGACAUCACCGGCGAGCCCCUCAUCCAGCGCUCCGACGACAACCCCGAGGCCCUCAAGAAGCGUCUCGCAACCUACCACGCCCAGACGGCCCCCGUCGUCGGUUACUACAAGCAGACCGGUAUCUGGAAGGGUCUUGACGCCUCCCAGCAGCCCGGUCAGGUGUGGAAGAACAUGCUCGAGAUCUUCGACGCUCAGCGCAAGGGCCACUCCUCCGGCAUUCUCAGCCGCCUCACCUCCAAGAACUAA